UUGGCCUUUGUAAGGCUCGAGAGGUCCGGCUUCACCGAGAAAGGCAAUACUUGGAAGCACCUCAAAAUGAAAACGCGCUAGACGAUGCCUCCUUCCGUGACAGACGUCUGGAAGUUGGGCGAGCUGGGUGCGUCAUGUGCCGCAGCUGCGGAACCGAUCGCGCGCUCGCCGCACGCUGAAAGACGGCGGUGCGACGCGCGGUGCUAUUCGUUUGAAUUAUAGGUAGAGCCUGGACCGAAUCCCAGCGAGGAGCCGCUCCCCUCCCUUUCAUUUUCGUGUCCAUCCGUUCACCCAUCCGUCCGUCCGUCCGUCCGUCCCGCUCCUCCUCCCCUUGGGGCCGCCGGAGAAGGAGCCGUGAGGAACGAGCCUACUCCAAUGAGAGAGACAGGACAUUUGGGCUCAUCGGUGCGGGCGAAGGUAGACUUUUCGGGGCGGGGAUGGUGACGGACUUUCUCGGCAUUGCUGCACCUCGAGCAGCACAACGGCGACCAUGAGAGGGUGUAAGGCGGCUGAGAAGCGGCCGUCGUACCCUUGUCUUUGAGGACGCCGACCGUGUGUCCCGUAGCUUCUGGACGGCCGCUCAGGUGACGCUCAGAGGAUGAUGUUUGCAGCGAGGGAGGAUUCUGCUGAAUUCGCUUGAGAAGAUCAUUUCAUCUACAAUGAGAGACACGGGCGUUUCGAAGGAAAACGGUAUUCUCCAUUCUUAUUUACUCGAGACCGUGCGUUUUGAAAUAAGACUGAUCAUUAACGAAUGCAACGAUUUUUCUGCUGGGAGCGCGCGGCUGAAGCCGCUGUAACGUGGCGGGAGCCACAUUAUAGUCACACAUUGUAGCAAAUAUUGCGGAUGUUUCUAAAAUAAAUAAAUAAUGUUAGCUUCUCCCUUCUCGAUGCCUUGUAGGUCUUCGGAAAUGAGACUGUUUCCAAAAUAGCAGCACCAGUGACGGCUGUAGGUAAAGGCUAUUCAUUAUUUUCAGAUUCACAGUCGACAGCGUGAUUUACUGAGGCCUGUGUGACAUCAGCGGCGUUUAUAUUGUCAUUACACGCCGUCAUGAGAGUAAAGGAAUAAAUCGUCCGGGAAGGUGGAGGAGGCUGCGCUGCGCUCGGAUUCAGGCAUGAGCCUCGAAGUGCGUGAAACCCUCAGCCUCCAUCGCCCCAUGACUCCGUGUUGGUAGCGAAUCCUCACGCCUGAAAUCCUCUCCACGGACCUAGGAAUGGACUAAAGACUGUGAAACCCCACGGCACUACUCCAGUGCAACCAGUCAGCCAACCGACUACACAUUUAAUCUCUUCACACCCACAACUGGCCGUCGGCAGAGGCGCACGGAGGAGACGGUGCAUGGGCGUCCUCGUCUGCUAAAAGCAGCGCUGCAGAACGCCGAGUGCAGGUGUUCGGCGCACGCUCGCGAGGCGAGCCGUCGUGCAUAUGAGACGUUCCGAUCCAGAUGGGAUGUAAUGUUGUGUGGCUGCACAGCUGAGCAUUGGUCUCCUUUUGCGCUGCUUCCUGAAGAUUGGCUUUCGGUGUCCACAGAAUGGCGCGGUUCGGAGACGAGGUACCGGCCAGGUACGGAGGAGGGCCCGGCGGCGGCGGCGGCGGCCCGGGCGGCCGCGGCGGGAGCAGGCAGGGAGGCCCACACGGACACGGCCACGGUCACGGCCACGGACACGGCCACGGCCAUGGCCACGGUCCACCCGGAGGGCCCGGGGCCCAGAGAAUGUACAAGCAGUCCAUGGCGCAGAGGGCCCGGACUAUGGCCCUCUAUAACCCCAUCCCCGUCCGCCAGAACUGUUUCACAGUCAACCGCUCGCUGUUCAUCUUCAGCGAGGACAACUUCGUGAGAAAAUACGCCAAAAAGAUCACCGAAUGGCCUCCAUUUGAGUGGAUGAUUCUAGCCACCAUCAUUGCCAACUGCAUCGUCCUGGCUCUAGAACAACAUUUGCCCGAUGGGGACAAGACUCCGCUGUCUGAGCGCCUGGACGACACGGAGCCGUACUUCAUAGGGAUCUUUUGUUUCGAGUCCGGAAUAAAGAUCCUGGCUCUGGGUUUCGCCUUUCAUAAGAACUCCUACCUGAGGAACGGCUGGAACGUCAUGGACUUCGUGGUGGUGCUCACUGGGAUCCUGUCCACUGUGGGCUCCGAUUUCGACUUGCGGACCCUGAGGGCCGUGCGAGUGUUGAGGCCUCUCAAACUGGUGUCCGGUAUUCCCAGCUUACAGGUGGUGCUCAAAUCCAUCAUGAAGGCCAUGAUUCCUCUGCUGCAAAUUGGCCUGCUGCUUUUCUUUGCCAUCCUCAUGUUCGCCAUCAUCGGCCUGGAGUUCUACAUGGGCAAGUUCCACAAGACCUGCUUUGACAAUCACACAGGUGAGAUCCGAGAGGAGUUUCCGUGUGGGACAGAGCUUCCAUCGCGGCUGUGUCCGGAGGGCACCACGUGUAGACACUACUGGCUGGGACCAAACUAUGGCAUCACCCAGUUUGACAACAUCCUGUUCGCUAUUCUCACCGUCUUCCAGUGUAUCACCAUGGAGGGCUGGACCGACCUGCUCUACUAUAGCAAUGAUGCCUCAGGGAGCGCAUGGAACUGGAUGUACUUCAUCCCUCUCAUCAUCAUCGGAUCCUUCUUCAUGCUCAACCUGGUGCUGGGUGUGUUGUCAGGGGAGUUCGCCAAAGAGAGGGAGCGUGUGGAGAACAGGAGAGAGUUCCUGAAGCUCAGGAGGCAGCAGCAGAUCGAGAGGGAGCUCAACGGUUACCUGGAGUGGAUUUGCAAGGCUGAGGAGGUCAUCUUGGCAGAUGAUGAGAAUGAAAGUGACUACGACGGCUCCCGCAGAAGAGCCACGAAGAACCACAAAAGCAAAGCAGAGCUUUUAAACCCGGAGGAAGGGGAGGGAGACCUUGUCGUAGGGUCACCGUUCGCCCGUGCCAGCUUGAAGAGCUCCAAGCUCGAGGGCUCGACGUUCAAGCGCAGGGAGCGACGGCUGCGUUUCCUCAUUCGACACAUCGUGAAGUCGCAGGGCUUCUACUGGACCGUGCUGUGCUUAGUGGGCCUCAACACGCUGUGUGUGGCUGUGGUACACUACGACCAGCCAGAACCACUGUCAGAUUUUCUAUAUUUUGCUGAAUUUAUCUUCCUGGGGAUCUUCUUGACGGAGAUGUUCGUGAAGCUGUACGGCCUGGGCCGACAGGCCUACCUGAACUCCUCCUUCAACUGCUUCGACUGCAUUGUCAUAUGCGGCAGUAUAUUUGAAGUGCUGUGGUCCAUCAUCCAGCCCGGCACCUCCUUUGGCAUCAGUGUGCUACGAGCUCUCAGGUUAUUGAGGAUCUUCAAAGUCACCAAGUACUGGGCGUCUUUACGCAACCUCGUCGUCUCGCUCCUCAACUCCAUGAAGUCCAUCAUCAGCUUGCUCUUCCUGCUCUUCCUCUUCAUAGUCGUCUUCGCCCUGCUGGGCAUGCAGCUCUUCGGAGGACAGUUUAAUUUUGAAAAUGGCACUCCUCCGACCAACUUUGAUACCUUCCCUGCAGCAAUAAUGACAGUGUUCCAGAUCCUGACCGGCGAGGACUGGAACAUGGUGAUGUACGACGGCAUCAAGUCUCAGGGUGGAGUCAAUAAGGGCAUGGCCUUCUCUGUCUUCUUCAUCGUGCUCACGCUUUUCGGCAACUACACUCUGCUGAAUGUAUUCUUGGCCAUCGCUGUGGACAACUUGGCCAACGCACAGGAGCUCACCAAGGAUGAGCAGGAGGAGGAGGAGGCUGCCAGUCAGAAGCUCGCCCUGCAGAAGGCCAAGGAGGUGGCUGAAGUCAGCCCGCUGUCCGCUGCCAACCUCUCCAUCGCGGCCAACAAAGUACACAGUGAGUGUCACAACGCUACCGACCCCUUUCUGGACUGCAAGGAGCAGCAGAAGAACCACACGAAGGGCGUCAAUAAGUCAGUGUGGGAACAGCGCACCAAGGAGUUAAGGAAGCAGACGCUGGCCUCCAGCCGCGAGGCCCUUUACAACGAGCUGGACCCCGAUGACCGCUGGAAGGCAAGAACAGGGAGGGAGGAGCACAACAAUGUAAAGGACAAGGUGAACUUUUCUCGACACAUCCGUCCAGACAUGAAGACUCACCUGGAUCGACCCCUAGUGGUUGACCCGCGUGAGAACCGCAACAACAACACCAACAAGACCACGCCCAACAAUUCGGAUCUUUGCUACAGCCAGCACCAUCCUGCUAACGAGCUUCACAAGCAAACGUGCCUCCAUGAACACGGUGGCCAAAAAGUGGAGGGAGGAGGAGGAGGAGGCUCAGGGCAGGCCAGGCCUCCCCUAGAACGGGGCGAGUCGGCCGAGAGCAGGCGGAGCCAUAAAGGUGAGCACCACCGCCACUCGUCUCAGCUGCGCCUGGAUGCCACAGUGAUCCCCGGGCCAGGCUCAGAAGAGAGGCCGUCCAGGCGUCACCACCACACCCGGAGUGGGAGCCGAGGCGGGGGGCAGUCGGAACACAAGAAGCCCAGGUCGCAUCGGAAGAAUGCCGAAAAUGGUGAGGAUGGCGGCGGAGGAGCUGGAAAAACAGGGAGGCACAAAAGCAGGGGGGUGGACAGAGGUGGAGAAGGGGAGCAGGAUGGAGCUGGAGACGGCGAACGAAGGCCUAGGAGAAGUCGCCACGGAAAUCAAACAGAUGGCGAGGGCAAGAGGAUAUGCCAGCACAGGAGGAAGGAUUGCAGUGUCCCUAAUCUCUCUACCACACGCCCCAUUCAAAAGAGCCUCUCCAGGCAAGGCAGCCAGUACAGUGAGGACAUGGACAACCUCAUGAACACCAAGCUGGUCUCAGGCUCUACCCCUCCUGGGGAAGCACAUCCCAACCCAGUUGCCAACCGUGCUGUAGUCCCUGGCUUCGGAUCCGCCACCCAUCUUGCUCACAGUGGCACGCACGGGAGUUUAGUUAGAUUAGAUAGCUAUGGGAGAAUCGGGCAUCAGCGCACAAACAGUGUCAUCAGGCUGCCCCACCCCGACUACAUGGCUAUAGAUAUGCCAAUUUUCCCAUCGACCAACGCCAUCCUGCAGGUCAAUAAAAACGCCAACACAGAGCCGCUGCCAGCGAAGGAGGAUAAAGACGAUGAUGACGAUGAGAAGGGAGGUGAAGGAGGACCUAGGCCCAUGCCUCCCUUCACCUCCAUGUUCAUCCUGACCACGACCAACCCAUUUCGACGGGCAUGUCACUACAUCUGCACCCUGCGUUAUUUUGAGAUGUGCAUCCUGCUGGUCAUUGCCAUGAGCAGCAUCGCUUUGGCUGCUGAGGACCCAGUUUGGCCUGAAUCUCCUCGCAACAAUGUUCUACGCUACUUCGACUACGUCUUCACUGGAGUUUUCACUUUCGAGAUGCUCAUAAAAAUGGUGGAUCUGGGCUUGGUCUUGCACCAGGGCUCUUAUUUCCGGGAUUUGUGGAACAUCCUUGACUUUAUUGUGGUUAGUGGUGCUCUGGUGGCCUUCGCCUUCACGGGGAGCAGUAAGGGAAAAGACAUCAGCACUAUAAAGUCCCUGAGAGUCCUCAGAGUGUUACGACCCCUGAAGACUAUUAAACGUCUUCCCAAGCUCAAGGCUGUGUUUGACUGCGUGGUGAACUCUCUGAAGAAUGUGCUCAACAUCCUGAUCGUCUACUUGCUCUUCAUGUUCAUCUUCGCUGUGGUGGCCGUGCAGCUUUUCAAGGGACGCUUCUUCUACUGCACAGACGAGUCCAAAGAAUUCGAGCGCGACUGCAGGGGCGAGUAUCUGGUGUACGAACGCGAUAACGAAGUGAAGGCGCAGAGGCGGGAGUGGAAGAAAUACGAUUUCCACUACGACAACGUGGCUUGGGCCCUUCUCACCCUCUUCACUGUGUCUACUGGAGAGGGGUGGCCGCAGGUGCUGAAGCAUUCGGUGGAUGCGACCUAUGAGAACCAGGGCCCAAGCCCAGGAUACCGGAUGGAAAUGUCCAUCUUUUACGUGGUGUACUUCGUGGUCUUCCCCUUCUUCUUCGUCAACAUUUUCGUGGCUCUCAUCAUCAUCACCUUCCAGGAGCAGGGGGACAAGAUGAUGGAGGACUACAGUUUAGAAAAGAACGAGAGAGCCUGUAUAGACUUCGCCAUAAACGCCAGGCCCUUAACGCGCCACAUGCCCCAGAACAAGUUGAGCUUCCAGUACAAGAUGUGGGAGUUUGUGGUGUCACCGCCCUUUGAAUACACAAUCAUGGCCAUGAUCGCGCUCAACACAGUGGUGCUGAUGAUGAAGUAUGACGGCGCCUCCGACACCUACGAAGCCGUGUUGGUCAACCUGAACAUCGUGUUCACGUCCCUCUUCUCCUUGGAGUGUGUACUCAAGAUCAUCGCCUUUGGAGCACUGAAUUAUUUCAAAGAUGCCUGGAAUAUUUUUGACUGCGUGACCGUUCUGGGCAGCAUUACUGACAUUCUCGUGACGGAGCUUGGGAAUAAUUUCAUCAACCUAAGCUUCCUGAGGCUCUUCAGGGCAGCUCGUCUCAUCAAGCUGCUGAGGCAGGGAGAAACCAUUCGCAUCUUGCUCUGGACCUUCGUUCAGUCCUUCAAGGCACUGCCUUAUGUCUGCCUCCUCAUUGCCAUGCUGUUCUUCAUCUACGCCAUCAUUGGGAUGCAGCUCUUUGGAAACAUUGCUAUUGAAGAAGAGGGCGAGAGUGCCAUUAAUCAGCACAACAACUUCAGGACCUUCGUCCAGGCGCUCAUGCUCCUCUUCAGGAGCGCCACGGGGGAGGCGUGGCACGAGAUCAUGCUGGCGUGCCUGGGGGGUAAGGAGUGCGACCCCCUGUCAGGGAACACAGAGCCGGAGUGUGGCAGCCAGGUCGCCUACCUCUACUUUGUCUCUUUCAUCUUCUUCUGUUCGUUCCUGAUGCUGAAUCUGUUUGUAGCCGUCAUCAUGGACAACUUUGAGUACCUAACUCGAGAUUCGUCCAUACUGGGACCGCAUCACCUGGAUGAGUAUGUCAGGAUCUGGGCCGAGUAUGAUCCUGCUGCUUGUGGCAGGAUCAGUUGCAGGGAAAUGUAUGACAUGCUCAGGCACAUGUGUCCUCCGCUAGGCCUCGGGAAGCGGUGUCCAGCACGGGUGGCCUACAAGAGACUGCUCCGCAUGGAUCUGCCCGUGGCUGACGACAACACCGUCCACUUCAACUCCACUCUCAUGGCUCUGAUCCGCACAGCCCUGGACAUAAAGAUCGCCAAGGGGGGGAUCGACAAGCACCAGAUGGACGCCGAGCUGAGGAAGGAGAUGAUGGCGAUCUGGCCCAACCUCUCCCAGAAGACGCUGGAUCUGCUGGUCCCGCCACACAAGGCAGCCACAGACCUGACUGUGGGGAAAAUCUACGCUGCCAUGAUGAUCAUGGAGUACUACCGGCAGAGCAAGAUCAAGCGCUCACAGGCCCUCCGUGAUGAGCAGAAUCGAACGGCAUUACUGUUUCAGCGCGUGGAGCCACCUUCCCCUGCUCAGGACGGGGGUCCGGGACUGAACAACACCCUCCCUCCACCUGAAACAACAGGAACUCUCAACAGCCUACCUGUGGAGGGCGGACUCCCACAGAGUCAGUCGUGGGUAACGGCUCGUGCUCAGGAGAUGUCCCAGAAGGUCGGCAGCUGGAGCCCUGAGGGACACCCUGAGGACGGGCUGGGAGGCAUGACCAACUCUCAGACGGUAGAGAUGAGAGAGAUGGGGCAGGAUGGUUACUCGGAUACCGAGCACUUUCCACCAAUGGAAGGCCACGGCAGGGCCGCUUCCAUGCCCCGCCUCCCAGGCGACAACCAACAGCAGAGGAAAGGGAAACACCGUGGCAGUAACCUCAGUACCAUCAGCGACAGCAGCCCCAUGAAGCGCUCUGCCUCGUCACUGGGCCACAGCCGGUCCGGACGUGGCCACAGGGACAAGAGUGGGGCGGACAGCUACAACAUGGACCGGGUGAUUCCCGAGGAGGGCCGGACCUCCAGACACGGACACCGCCGAAAAGACCGGGCCCAUCGGGCGUCUGAGAGGUCGCUGUGCCGCUAUGUGGAGGGCGACACAGGCCUGGGAACGGACUUGAGCACGACCACCCAGUCAGGAGACCUCACGUCCAAGGAGCGCGACAGGGACCGCGGCCGCUCCAAAGACCGCAAGCACCACCACCACCACCACCACCACCACGGCUCCGUGGACAAGGAGCGCUACGUAGCGGAGCGGGGGCCCGAGUACGGCCACCGGCACUCCCGCGACCGGGAGCACGAGCGCGAGCGGGAGCUGGAGCGCGAGCGCGACCGGGAGCGCGACCGGCGCUGGUCCCGGUCGCCCAGCGAGGGCCGGGAGUGCAUGCCGCACAGACAGGGCAGUAGUUCGGUCAGCGGAAGUCCUGUCCCCUCAACCUCGGGGACCAGUACUCCACGACGAGGCCGCCGACAGUUGCCUCAGACCCCUGCAACGCCUCGUCCUCAUGUUACGUACUCCCCUGUGGUCCGUAAGGCCAUGCCCACGCCAGCAGGGGCACCCCAGGGCAGACCCCCAGCCCCAGCCCCUCGUCACUUUUCUCCUGAGCCUCCCCAAGUCCAGGGCGCUCCACCCGCUGGCGGUCCAAUGGCCCACCAUGGCACAUCCCGCCAGGCCCAUCAUCCCCCGACUCGUUGGGGAGACACAGGUGGGGGAGGUGGCUCCAUGGAGGGGGAUGGCUGCUUCUACAACCAGGACUACCAGGACUAUGAACCGCCUGCCUAUGAGCAGAACCCCACGCAGGGGGGCAACCCCCAUCCCCAUGCCCUGGCCAACCAUCCCCUGCCCCCCCCACCACAGCCACAGCCACAUAACCCUCAUCCGAUGCCUCAGCAGCAAGCACAUUCAAUGAACAACCCCCACCCUCAUCCCCCACCUCAGCCACAGCCCGGUCGAACCUCUCCCAGGACUGCCCGCCAUGCGACCCCUCCCACCACUGCCCUGACUGGGCCUGCACAGGGUCAAGUGCAGCCCGUUGUCCAGCGCCGCCUGCCUAAUGGCUACCGGUCCUCAUCACCUUCCACACAUCUCCAUGGACCCCCACAUACAGGGCCCCACAAGGUCCUAGCUCCGGCCGGGCAUCCUAGGGGUCCUCGCAAGGGCCUACACGAACCCUACAGUGAGACGGAGGACGAUGACUGGUGCUAGCCCUGGGGGACGGGGGGAAGGGCGGAGGAGAAGGAAUCUAUGGAUGGACUCAACGCUCAGAGCUUGAGCACUGACUGCCAAGUCAAAACCUGACUUCUAUUUUGUCUGUUCCGUUUUUCCUCUCCUCCACUGCUGGGCUCGUCUCAAGGCCGGUGGACUGGAAGUGAUGGGUGUCAAGAGUACGUGAUGGAACAAGGAUGCUCAGGCAGUGAGAGGAGGUACAGAACCAUCCUCACGCUCCGCUUGCGCCGCUGUUGCAUUCAUCUCUUGAUGCCAAAUGAGAUCCACCUCAACCUGCAGUUUUCAAGGAGACAAGCGGGACGGGGGACAGACACUGGUUUUUGUGUGUCUUAAAUUAUGCCUCUGGCAACAAGCUACAGCCAAUUACAAGAUGUCAAGAGUCGCAGCUCGACAACAGACACUUUACAGUUAAGGACAAAAGAACGAACACACUUUUUGCCCGUCAAAGCUAACUUUGGUUAAGUUAGCUGCAAAAAGAAUCAAAUCCAACCCUCCCAGCCACCAGUUGAAUAUUGAUGAGUUUUAUCAUCUGUGUUUUUAAAUAUAGAAAACUGAACUGACGACCCUCCGCCUGUAUGAGGUGAGAAGGGCCAAGUGGGUGGGAGAGUUGGGGAGAGUUGGAUGGGGUUGACGAGUCGACCGGUAAAAUCUAGACGACGGGUCGGGCGGGUCAAGGGUGUCGCUCCCCGCUCCCAGAGAACAUCCUCCACCCAGAAACAAUACGUCCAACCUCCUAUGAGAGAAGAAAAACAGAAAUGUGGAGAGAGAUGGGUUUCAGAAACAAAAGAACAACCCAGUAACUGUUUUCAGCAGUAUUUCUUCUAUUCCUACAGCUGCUUCUUCUUCUUCCUCCUUCUCUUCUACUUCUUCAAAAUAUUGAAGCUUGAAUCUUCUGUUGCACCCCACACAGCUUCGGUUUUUAGACUUGCGGAGUUGUUCACCCUGUGGAAUCCUGCAUGAAUGAUACAAAAAAAAUAAUAAUAAUAAUAGCAACAAUGUGAUCUUCUGUAUGUGGGGGGAAGUUUACCUCUGUCCUUUCUGUUGUGGUUCUCUUUCAUAAAACCUGCCUUUCUGUUUCUCUCUCUCCCUCCCGCUCCUCUGUACAGCAUCCUUCUCUCUGUACCUCACACUAAAACCGAGUGAGAAAGUCAAAGGGAGACUGGACCGUUACUGUAUGUACAGCAUAUAUAGAAGGAACCGAGUGAUUACGUUUUGCUUGCUUGUCUGUACGUUCUGUGCCAAAUGCCUGCCACUGAUAAAGCUGGAAUUGCACAUAUUUUUGUGGAAGUAACUUUUUGUAAUUGCGGUGAUGAUUUAAACUAACAUACUGGGAAGCAGGGUAUAAAACAGGUGAAAGGCUGUAAAAGUCCACAUUGGUGAAUGACAAAUUAGGAAAGUCUCGAAGUCUUCCAGGGUUUGGGCUUAAAGCAGAGACAUCACAGAGGAAGAGACCAAUAGAAAGGCAGAACUAGGAGAGACGCACUUCAUCUUUGUUUCCUUUGUUAACGAGCGUAAUAAUGGUUAAAACCGAUAGUAUGGGUCAUAAAAGUCACAAAAAUGUUAAUAAUGAGGCAGAUUCUCCAUGUUUGGUCUUGUGUUUUGUUCAGUCUGUUUGUGUUGAGCUCAGCAAUUCAUUUUUCCAACCCUGAAGUGCAGCUUCAACCAGAGCAGCAGGGCAGAGACGGUUUCUUUGUGUCUCCUUCAAAAGACUAAGCGAACUCUAGACAGGGGUUCAAUCAGACUGAGACUCCUGCCAACGCUGAGCCAGAGCUCCGCCCCCACCUGUCACCAGCAGGUGGCGCUGUGGCUUCUCUGCUUCUCCCUUUACCUCACUGCUAACGCUGAGCUUUUAUACAGGAUCCCAUUCGCUCGCCAGUGUCUGAGUGAACACGGGCGACUGAGUUGAACAGUUCAGGUGUGUUGGAAAAACGACGUCUGGGCCUCACGGUUCUGGAAAACAUCUACUGUUAAGUUCUGUGUGUUCCCCUUCUGUAGAUCCUUAUUUCAAUGUGUGUGUUUCUGUGUGUGCCUCAAACUAACACUUGUCACAAGCGCACACCACCUGCAGCCCCAGCAUUACUGUAAUGACAUGGAUUCUUUUGUGCGUCAUGCGUUUUACCUGGAGGCCUAUCACAUGUUGACCAGAGAAUGCACAGAAAAAAAGAAUAGAAAAAAUAACUGCCUAUUAGUGUCUUUCCAACCUCAGUGGAAUGUCACAGACGAGCACUUCACAUCACUACACUUAAAAUCUGAAAGCUGCUGACAAUGUAGCUUCUGGUUAUGGGGUUUGUGUGUGUGUGUGUGUGUGUGUGUGUGUGUGUGUGUGUGUGUGUGUGUGUGUGUGUGUGUGUGUGUGUGUGUGUGUGUGUGUGUGUGUUUCCGAUCAUUUUUUUGCGUUAUAUGUUUCUGCUUCUGCUUUUCUUUUUUUAAAAAUCUUAAGAUAUCGUCUGCCCAUUCUAACUAACCUUAAAUUGUGUGCGUGUGUGUGUGUCAGCAACCCCCUGAAUGAAACAUGCAAGGUCCCAUAAAUUCACGUUCCAUCUCUGUGUCUAUGCUGCAGUGAAAUCCACUGACGCCAAUUAACCACACAAAGUCUUCAAAAGGCAAUGUAAAGCCGCUACUGAGGAGAAAAAAAAAAACAUUUUUUAGGAAGAAAAGAUUUUAAAAAUGAAAAAAUAUCUAGUUCCAGAAAUGCAUGUGCUAUGUGCAUGCCACACCGUGGGUUAACAGUCAUCUUCAGGACAUAAAAGAAAAAGCAGAAUAAAUGAAUUCAGAGGAAUAAAAAAAAAGAUAUAUAAAUAGAUAGAUGUUUUUAAAAAGCAAUGUUUCCUUUUUUCCUUCUAUUUUUGAAAACAAAAAAGGUUAAAAAAUACCCAAAAAAAACGUGAAGAAAAAAAAAACACGGCAGAGACUGAUGAGAAUCUGCGUCUCGUUUGUUUUCUUCUUUUACAUGGGGUUGAGGCACAACACAUACAUGUGUAGGACGCCACACAUGAACUGAUUAUACUGGAAAAAAAACACAGUUCAGACGAUGGUGUUUUGUCCCUUCUGCUCUGUGUGAGGGUCCGAGGGAGCACGGGCCAAGUCUGAUGAUGCUCUCCUCAGACUUGGCUCUGGAACCUUGGAUCUCUCACUCGCUCCCUCCUCUCUCUCUCUCUCUCUCUCUCUCUCUCUCUCUAACUCUGUCUCUCUCGCACUCUUACCUGUCACUUUCUCAACCUGUCUCACCGCUAUUUCUACCAGUGCAUUUUGUAAUUCCAAGCAGAACUCUUCCUAAAGAAUAAAAUCCAGAGAGAAUGCA